GUGGAGCCAGUCGACCUCAUUAGAAUAAAGGUAAACAGAUUCAACCCAAUUAUAAAUGGAAGGAGAAAGAUGUGCCCUCCCGUCGUUGAUGGUUGCAGAGGGUGGUGGCUGCCUAGAGAGCCGAGGUGCAGCAAAGAGACGUGUCAGAGCAUGAGUUCCAAGACCAGAUCCAUAGGGGUUAUCGGAGCUCCCUUCUCAAAGGGUCAGCCGCGAGGAGGGGUGGAAGAAGGCCCUAGAGCAUUGAGAAAGGCUGGUCUGCUUGAGAAACUUAAAGAACAAGAGUGCGAUGUGAAAGAUUAUGGGGACCUGACUUUCAAUGACAUCCCUAAUGACAGCCCCUUUGGAAUUGUGAAGAAUCCAAGGACUGUGGGGAAAGCGACCGAGCAGCUAGCCAGCACGGUGGCAGAAGUCAAAAGGAACGGAAGAGUCAGUCUGGUGCUGGGCGGAGACCACAGUUUGGCAACCGGAAGCAUCGCUGGCCAUGCCAGGGUCCACCCUGAUCUUGGAGUCAUUUGGGUGGAUGCUCACACUGACAUCAACACUCCACUGACAACCACAAGUGGAAACUUGCACGGACAGCCUGUGUCUUUCCUCCUGAAGGAACUAAAAGGAAAGAUCCCUGACGUGCCAGGAUUCUCCUGGGUGACUCCCUGCAUAUCCGCCAAGGAUAUUGUGUAUAUUGGAUUGAGAGACGUGGACCCUGGGGAACACUACAUUAUAAAAACACUGGGUAUCAAAUACUUUUCAAUGACUGAGGUGGAUAAACUGGGAAUUGGCAAGGUGAUGGAAGAAACACUCAGCUAUCUACUAGGAAGAAAGAAAAGGCCAAUUCAUCUGAGUUUUGAUGUUGAUGGACUGGACCCAUCUCUCACACCAGCUACUGGCACUCCAGUCAUGGGAGGUCUGUCUUACAGAGAAGGUCUCUAUAUCACAGAAGAAAUUUACAAAACGGGGCUACUCUCAGGAUUAGAUAUAAUGGAAGUGAACCCAUCUCUGGGGAAGACACCAGAAGAAACAACUCGAACAGUGAACACAGCAGUGGCAAUAACCUUGGCUUGUUUUGGAGUUGCUCGAGAGGGUAAUCACAAGCCUGUUGACUACCUUAACCCACCUAAAUAAAUGUGGAAACAUUAUAUAAAAAUCUCAUAGCUAAUGACAUAAUUAGUAAAUCUAAUAAUUUACUUAAGCCUACAGUUAUCCUCCCAGAGAUUUGCUCUUUCAGAAAAAUGUUUCUCCUAUUAGUAUUAACUCUACUUCCCUCUUGGUUUGAAAUUCAAGAUUUGAAAAUUCUAACUUGUGAAAUUAAAAAGCUUAUAUUAAUAUUUUCCAUUUUGGCAAAAGACUUAUCCUUAGAAAUAGAAGCAUAUAUUAAUUUCCAAUUAAAAGUUUAGUGGCAUUAAAAAUGAAUAUACACUUAGAUAAGCCCCCAUACAUAGAGUGGGACUCCUGGUAUCAGAAGAGAGAGCUACCCCAUCUGCAAAGGUACUGGGUGUCCAUGUUGUUAAAAAUAUGUGAUUUUUAUAAUAAACUCUUUAUAA